AUGGAACAGGCAGGAACAGCACCAGAACAAAAGCAAUGGGAUCCAUUUGAGCCAACGCUUGGACUCAGACACCGCGAAAUUAGCCAUAUGCUUGAAAUUCUUUCAAAUCCACAAGCACCAAAAUCAAGUAAAAUCAAAGCUCUUCAGUUACUUACAGAAGUUAUCCCAGGAAGACAGCAUGAAGCAGAUAUGCUUGGAAUUUUUGAUAUUUUAAGGCCAUUUUUAAUGCAAAACCCAAACGGCCUUUUAUUAAAUGCACUUGUCGUGUUCAACAGUCUUAUUAAUACGAAAGAUCUUGCUGUUAAAUUAUUAGAAGAUGUCCCACGUAUCGUUGAACUUGUCCAUCCAGAUAUUGAAAAGCCAAUUAGAACAGAAGCAGCAAGACUUUUACGUUCAGUAGCCGAAUAUGUUGGUCCUGAAGUUCCAUUCCAAUCAGGAUCAGUUCCUUCUCAACUUGUUGCUGCAGUUGCUUCUCGUGACUGCGAUACAGAUUUCCUUCUUGAAGGAUUCAGGUUACUUUCUCGUUUGACUAACAAGCAAAAUAUCCGUGUACCAUUGAUUGAUAACAGCGACUUCUUACUUGCUCUCGUUAGAUCAUUUUCCAAUAUCAAAUUAAGAGAAUCAGCAUUUAUCCUUGCAUCCAAUAUCGCAAUGGAUCCAAGCCAUCGUGGUAAAAUUGCAUUGCUAAAUGCUGAAAUUUUACCUGCAAUUCAGCCAUAUUUAACUUCUGAAGAUGAAAGCGUUCGCCUCUCAGCUCUAUCUUUGCUAUGUCUUCUUGCAGUUCCAAAGGAUGGUAAGCAGAUGAUUGCAACAGAUCCAAACAUGCCAGAAGUGAUUUCAAAUAUUAUCAGCAAAGAUACAAGCGAAGAAUGCAAGAAGGCUGCUAACGAAUUACGCCUCCUCGUUACUGAGCACCCAAUUGGUAAGGCUAUUAUGGGUGGCUAUGAAAAUUAA